AACCAGUAGCUGUACAAAUGGUCAGUGUCCGGAUAAAGCGAUCCCCGGUCUAUGGGAGAUCCCCAUCAACAGCUGGAUGACGGAGGACAGCUACUGUAGCAUGGUCGACGGCUGUAUCGUGGCGGACCCCGCAGACACUGAUGACGUGGUCAAAGCAAAAUAUUUCGCCUACUUCAAAGAAAACUUCCUGAAAUUCUACGAAACUCGGACUCCGAUGCACAUCUUCACCCACGCAGCACUGUUCCAGCGGAACCGCGGCAGUUUUGAGGCCCUGGUCAUGUUCCUCCAAGAGGUCAUGUACUACGACAACAUCUGGAUGCUCAGUCCCUCACAGGUCAUUGAUUUCAUGAGCAGCCCCGUGUCCUACACCAAAGCCAUGAACAGUGCUAUCCCUUCGUGGCGAUGUUAGUUUUGGUUGAAUUGUGCCUUUGAGAAUAAGUAUCUUCUUCUUCUUCUUCUUCUUCUUCUUCUUCUUCUUCUUCUUCUUCUUCUUCAAGUGUCAGGUCUGGAGAAGACAUUGACGAUCAUGGACCCCAUUCCUUCAAUGUUGUUUGGGUCCUACUCAGGUCGGUUUUUCCCAUUUCUUCAUUUAUUGCAAAUUUGUUUAGAUCUUUGUAUGUUUUUGUCAGUCUUCGUCUACUCUCCCUUGCCUCUAUCUUUCCAUACAGCAAUAGUAUCUUUAGCCAGUUAGAUCUGUUUAUGUGGCCAAUUGUCUGAAUUGUCUUUUUAAAGGUUCUGAUCAUACAUCUUUCACAUCCUGUCAUCUAUGUCUAAUUUUUGUCAAAAUUGUCGUCUUCUCUACAGCCAUCAGAAACUUUUCGGCUCCUAUUAUCAAAUAACAGGGGAAGAAAGCAUUGUCUUUAUUAUUACAUACUCUUUUUUGUAAGAAAUAUUAAUGAACUUUGGGAACAUAAUUUCUACUUAGAAAGCAUCUUUCGAAGUCGAGGUGUCACCCAUUAAAAGAAAUCUGAUCUAAUUAUCUGUCGCCAUUAUAUCAAUUCGACAUUUGGCAGGCGCCACGUCCACAUUACAUGACAUGUAGCCAGCCAAUUGGACUGGUCAGAUGAACAAGAAAUACAGAACAAUAUAACACAAAACA